UCCUCCUUGGGGGUCUCGCCGAGCCCGGCGUUCGCCUCUGCGCCCCGAACUUCGGCCUCGUCUCCCGCCCUGUGUGGGGCGAGCCCCCUCAGAAAGUGAUUUAACUACAGAAGACUGGUCAAAAUGAUGUCCAAAAGGCAGCUCUCAAAAUCUGAGGAUACGGGGAGCCUCACAGAAGAUGCUUCCGAAGCCAGAAAACAAAGGACAAGUAAACCUCUUGCUCAUAGUGAAGUUGAAGAAAACGACAGUGUCUUUAUAAAGCUUCUUAAGACAUCAGGUGUUACUCUUAAAACGGGAGAGAGUCAAAAUCAACUGGCUGUGGAUCAAGUCAUUUUCCAAAAGAAGCUUUUUCAGAACCUGAGGAAACACCCAUCUUAUCCCAAAGUCAUAGAAGAAUUUGCUAGUGGCCUGGAGGCUUACAUUGAGGACCGAGACUGUUUCAGGAACUGCCUUUUGUCCUGUGAACGCCUGCAGGACGAGGAAGCCAGUGCAAACACAUCUUACUCUAAGAGCCUCAUUAAGCUGCUGCUGGGGGUUGACAUUCUGCAGCCUGUCAUUAUCAAAAUCUUGUUUGAAAAGUUGCCAGAAUUCUUUUUUGAAAAUGUGAACAGUGAUGGAAUCCACAUGCCUCGGCUCAUCAUCAGUCAGCUGAAGUGGCUUGACAGGGUCGUGGAUGGCAAGGAUCUUAGCACCAAAAUCAUGCAGCUGGUCAGCGUUGCUCCAGUGGGCCUGCAGCACGACUUGAUCACCAGUCUGCCUGAGGUCCUGGCGGACGCCCAGCAUGCUGACGUGGGCCAGCAGCUCAGUGACCUUCUCACAGAGAAUACUCUCCUCACUGUGCCUAUCUUGGACGUCCUCUCCAGCCUCCAGCUUGACCCCUGUCUCCUGAAGAAGAUCCGCAAAUUGGUGAUGGGUAAGCUGUCAUCUGUCCGGUUGGAUGAUUUACCUGUGAUCAUGAAGUUCAUUCUUCACUCCAUAACGGCCCCGGAUGCACUUGAGGUGAUAACUGAGCUUCGGGAAAGGCUGGACCUGCAGCAUUUUGUUCUGCCGUCGUGGUUAUACACGCCCCAAAGCAAGCUGAAAAAUAAAGGCAGAGCAAGUUCUUCAGGAAGUCAAGAGAACUGCGCUGAGAACUGUAUUUUCCUCCUCUUCGAUGUGCUAAAGUCUGCUGUUAGAUACGAGAAAAUCAUUUCCGAAGCCUGGGUGAAGGCGAUUAAAAACAUUUCUCCUGAGACUGACCACAAGACUUUCGACCUGGCGAUGAUUCUCAUCAUCUAUAGCACCAACACACAGACAAAGAAGUUUACUGAGACGGUGCUCAAAAGUAAGAUUCGAUCAGGCUGCUUUGAAGAACAGCUGCUAGAGGGCACAUUUUGUAUUCAUUACAUGGUUCUUAAGGAUGUGUGUCCAUCCAUUCUGUGCUUGGCUCAGAGCUUGUUGGACUCCCUAGACGGCAGCCUCAUCUCGUUUGGCAGUCUCCUCUACAAACACGCAUUUAAGUUUUUUGAUGCUUACUGCCAGCAGGAAGUUGUGGCUGCGCUUGUGACCCACGUCUGCAGCGGCUCUGGCCCCGAAGUAGACACCGCCUUGGACGUCCUCCUAGACCUGGUGAUUCUCGACCUGGCUGCUAUGAGGCAGAAUGCUGUCUUUGUGAAGGGUAUAUUAGAUUACAUGGAUACCUUGUCUCCUCGGCAAAUACGAAAGCUCUUCUAUAUCCUCAGUACGCUGGCUUUUAGCAGACAACGCGAAGCCAGCAGUCACAUCCAGGAUGACUUGCACCUGGUGAUUCGCAAGCAGCUCGCUAGCACUGUCUUCAAGUACAAGCUCAUUGGCAUCAUUGGCGCUCUCGCCAUGGCUGGCAUCAUGGCGGCAGACAGAAGCAGGUUUUUCAGUUUGACCCCAGGGAGCGCAGACCUGAGCAAUGAAGAGUGCACACAGGUGACUUCCCUGCUGCAGUUGGUUCAUUCCUGCAGCGAGCAGUCUCCUGAGACCUCUGCACUUUAUUACGACGAGUUUGCCAACCUGAUCCAGGGAGGAAGGCUGGCGCCCAAGGCCCUGGAAUGGAUUGGACAGACCAUCGUCACUGGUUUCCAAGAUGCCUUUGUGGUGGACCUCUGUGUUGUUCCAGAAGGUGACUGCCCGUUCCCGGUGAAGGCCCUCUAUGGACUAGAAGAGGACAGCAGUCAGGAUGGAAUCGCCAUCAACCUCCUGCCACUCCUGUUUGCUCAGGACUUUGUGAAGGAUGAGGGUGGCGCUUCACGGGACACAGACCACAAGUUGGUGUCUCCAUUGUGCCUGGCUCCCUAUUUCCGGUUACUGAGACUGUGUGUACAAAGACAACAUGGUGGAAACUUGGAGGAGAUCGAUGGCUUAUUGGACUGUCCUGUAUUCCUCACUGACUUGGAACCGGGACAGAACCUGGAGUCCAUGUCCGCUAAAGAACGUUCGUUCAUGUGUUCACUCAUAUUUCUUACACUCAACUGGUUCCGAGAGGUGGUGAAUGCCUUCUGCCGGCAAGCGGCGCCGGAGGUGAAGGGGAAGGUGCUCACGCGGGUAAAGCACAUUGUGGAGCUCCGGGAUCUCUUGGAGAAGUACCUGGCAGUCACCCCGGACUAUGUUCCUCCUCUUGCAAACUUCGAUUUGGAUACUUUAGAUGGAAUGCCUCAGACCCGUAGUGCUUUCUCAGUAAAACUCGGAAGACCGGGGAAAGUAGGAGGAAGAAAACGAAAAGUGGAUGGCAGCAAAACAUCUUCCUCUGACACAGUUUCGAAGGAAGACGGCCUGCCAUGUGACCCUGCACAUACUGACAGAAACCCGCUGGCCAAGGACCGCAAAGGGAAAGAGGACAAGACCACAGCAUUGCCGCAGAGUUUCCAGGGCUGGUUUCGGGAGCUGGACAUCGAGGUCUUCUCCAUCCUGCACUGUGGGCUCGUGACCAAGUUUAUCGCGAAUACUGAAAUGCACCCUGAGGACACUGAAGUUGUGCAUCUUCAACCCUCGGAGCUGCUUUUCUUGCUGGAAGACCUGUCCCAGAAACUAGAGAAUACGCUGACACCUCCUCUUGCCCAGAGAUUCCCCUUCCUCAAGGGUAAAGGAAGCCGGAGCAUUGGCUUCUCGCAUCUCCAGCAGCGGUCUGCCCGGGACAUCGCUCACAGCGUCGUGCAGCUGCUGGCUCCGAUGUGUAGCCACCUGGAGAACGUUCACAACUACUUCCAGUGCUUAGCCGCCGAGAGCCACGGUGUGGUGGACGGGCCAGAAACAGAAAUGGAAGAGUACAGGACCAUGUCUUCGUGCUACCAGAGGCUGCUGCAGCUCUUCCACGGGCUUUGUGCUUGGAAUGGAUUUUGCCUGCCUGAAAAUCAGAAUUUGCUCUACUCCGCCCUCGAGGUCUUUACUAAUCGACUGAAGCAGGUGGAGCCUGACCAGCCCUUGGAAGAACUGCUCAGCCAGAGCUUCCACUACUUACAGAACUUCUGUCACAGCGUCCCUACUUUCCAGUGUGCCCUGUAUCUUAUCAGGCUUCUGAUGGCCAUUCUGGAGAAAUCCACAGCUCCUGCUCAGAACAAGGAAAAAAUUGCGUCCUUGGCCCGACAGUUCCUUUGCCGAGUGUGGCCAGGUGGCGAGGAGAACCGCACUGCCCUCAAUGACCAGCUCCAUGCUUUGCUCUGCAUCUACCUGGAGCACACGGACAGCGUCCUGAAGGCCAUAGAGGAGAUUGCGGGCGUCGGUGUCCCGGAACUGAUCAACUCUUCUAAAGAUGCCUCUUCUGCCACAUUCCCUACGCUGACCAGGAACACCUUUGUCGUCUUCUUCCGCGUGAUGAUGGCGCAGCUGGAGAAGACUGUGAAAGACCUGCAGCCUGGCGCGGCCACAGACCCGCAGCACGUCCACGAGGAGAAGCUGCUCUACUGGAACAUGGCGGUGCGCGACUUCAGCGUCCUCGUCAACCUGAUGAAGGUGUUCGAUAGUCGCCCCGUUCUGCACGUGUGUCUGAAGUACGGGCAUCUCUUUGUGAAAGCAUUCCUCAGGCAGUGCAUGCCGCUCCUAGACUUCAGUUUUAAGAAACACCGGGAGGAUGUUCUGAGCUUACUGGAAACCUUCCAGCUGAGCACGCGGCUGCUCCAUCACCUGUGCGGGCAUUCUAAGAUUCACCAGGACACGAAACUCACCAAACACGUGCCUUUGCUCAAAAAGACUCUGGAGCUGUUAGUUUGCAGAGUGAAGGCCAUGCUUGUCCUCAACAAUUGCAGGGAGGCGUUCUGGCUGGGCAACCUCAAAAACCGGGACUUGCAGGGUGAAGAGAUUAUAUCCCAGAAUUCCCAGGAGAGUUCGGUGGCUGAGAGUGAAGGUGACCCUUCAUCCCAGGUCUCCAGGAGCAAAGCACAGGAGGAGGAGGAUGGUGAAGAUGAUGACGCCAGUGGUGGAGAACAUGAGCCAGUGAGUCCUGAGAGCGACGACGACUCUGAUUAGGACACAGACCUGACGCCCUCCCAGCUCUUAGCACUUGGGUUUGGGUUUGAAGUCUGCUGCUGCCCCUCUGUCCCUCAGAGGGCCGUGGGUGGUCACUGCCCGUGUGUGCGUUUCGCACUGCCUGGCCCCACCGCGGACCCUCCCCGCUCCGAGUGCCCAGUGGCAUCCUGACAGCCCGGGCGAGCCGUCUGCGCGGUGCUCGGAAGCCCUGGCUCCGGCUUUGAGCUAGUUUUGGGCUGAUUUUUCUACAAAUAAAGUUUGUUUGAAGUUG